AUGUCAGUCACUGUCAACGAAAGUCCUAUUCAGUACUACACUCACCCAGAGGUCGAACUCAAAAUUCUUCUCGGGCGCGAAUGGGAUGAUUUCCAUGUUUUCUGCGGCAAAAAACGAACGAGAGAGCGGGGGCCCGAUCGACCUUCGCUCGCGCUGGGGCCUACUACUGUAACCGGAAAUGAGAAGCGAAGGGAUCUGAGAAAAUCUAACCUAGAGGAUGAUAUUCCACCAACUGUAAAACUCUAGCUCCUGUAUGUAAGACCCCUGAUCGUACAACCCCUGGACGUAGGACCCCUGGAUGUAGGAGCCCUGGUGGUAGAACCCCGGACCUAAGACUGCUGGUCGUAAGACCCCUGUAUGAAAGAUCCCAGGUCGUAAGACCCCAGUUCGCAGGAACCAUGGAUGUAAGACCCCUGGUCCUAAGAUCCGUGGACGUAAGACCCCUGUAUGUAAGAUCCCCGGUCGUAAGACCCCAGUUCGCAGGAACCAUGGAUGUAAGACCCCUGGUCCUAAGAUCCGUGGACGUAAGACCCCUGGAUGUAAGACCCCUGGUCGUUACUCCCCUUGGUGUAACACCCCUGGUCGUAAGACCCCUGGUCUGUAGACUCUUAGAGUUAAGGCCCCUGGUCCUAACACCCCUGCAUGUAAGACCCCAGGUCGUAAGACCCUUGGAAGUAAAACUCCUGGUCGUAAAAACCCUGGACGUGGCCCGUGGUCGUAAGACCCCUGGUCCUCAGACCCCUGAACGUAAGAUCCCUGGAUCUACGUCCUGGAUGUAA